CACACACACACAUACAUGACAUGGGACCAGAUGAUGGUGGCCACCACCCGCAACAACAACCUGUCCACCAACAACAAGUUCAACAUCCCAGACCUCAAGGUGGGGACGCUAGAUGUGUUAGUUGGGCUGUCAGAUGACCUGGCCAAACUGGACUCCUUUAUUGAAGGUGUGGUGAAGAAGGUGUCUCAGUACAUGGCUGAUGUGUUGGAGGACAGCCGAGACAAAGUCCAGGAGAACCUGCUGGCCAACGGAGUGGAUCUGGUGACCUACAUCACACGGUUUCAGUGGGACAUGGCCAAGUACCCCAUCAAGCAGUCACUGAAGAACAUCUCUGAUAUCAUAUCCAAGCAAGUAAGCCAGAUUGACAACGACCUGAAGGCCAGAGCGUCUGCCUACAACAACCUGAAAGGGAACCUGCAGAAUCUGGAGAGGAAGAACGCGGGGAGCCUGCUGACCAGGAGUCUGGCUGACAUUGUCAAGAAGGAGGACUUUGUGAUUGACUCAGAGUAUCUGAUCACUAUGCUUGUGGUUGUACCAAAGACGAGUUAUGCUGACUGGCAGAAGACCUAUGAAACGUUGUCUGAAAUGGUGGUACCCCGAUCCACUAACCUGCUGUUUGAGGACAAUGACAGUGGUCUGUUCAGCGUCACCCUAUUCAGGAAGGCCAUUGAUGACUUCAGACACAAGGCCAGAGAGAACAAGUACACAGUCAGGGACUUCCAGUACAACGAGCAGGAGAUGAAUGCUGACAAAGAGGAGAUGACACGUCUUUCCACAGACAAGAAGAAGCAGUUUGGGCCACUGGUGCGAUGGCUGAAAGUGAACUUCAGUGAGGCCUUCAUCACAUGGAUUCACAUCAAGGCUCUGAGGGUCUUUGUGGAGUCUGUCUUAAGAUAUGGGCUGCCUGUGAACUUCCAGGCCAUGCUGCUCCAGCCCAACAAAAAGAACAUGAAGAAACUGAGGGAGGUUCUCAAUGACCUUUACAAACACCUGGACAGCAGCGCUGCAGCUGUCAUUGAUUCUGCCGUGGAUAUCCCUGGUCUGAACCUGAGCCAGCAGGAGUACUACCCUUAUGUUUACUACAAGAUAGACUGUAACCUGCUGGACUUUAAAUAGAUUUUCACUGUACCUGA